AUGGCAGUCGACUUAUCUCUACCAGACUUGGAUCCUAUUCCGCUUCCCGAAAGAUUCGCCAAUAUCAAGCGGAAAUUGAUUGCUGGCAACGAGAAAGCAGUUGCCGAUUCAUUCUAUCGUCUUCUUGGUCGGUUGAGGAAAGAGGCAGAACGCAUCGCAGCCGCUAAGUCCGAUAUAAUACCAUCAAUUGACUACCUAGAUAUAUAUGAUCUAGCUAAGGUGGGUAUUUUCCGGGACGCACUAAAGGAGAGAGGCGUUGCUAUCAUACGAAGGGUUGUCCCGUCGAAUGUAGCCGUAUCAUGGAAGGAGGAGACGCAGGAGUACCAAAGACACAACCCGCCUAUCAAAGGCAUCCCGCGUCAUGAUCCGCAACUAUACGAGUUGUUUUGGAGUCCGGGGCAAGUUCGAGCUCGUGCCGACUCACGACUACUCGAAGUACAGAGAUUUAUUAUGAGAGUGUGGCAUUCGAAUAAUGAGGAGGCCCUCGUGAGUAGCAAUCACGCAGUAGCCUAUGCAGACCGCAUUAGAAUGCGGAAACCCGGCGAUACUUUCCUCGCAUCUGGUCCGCACAUAGAUAACGGGAGCGUAGAAAGGUGGGAGUCGGACGGCUACGGACGUGCAGGCGCCUACGCCAAAAUCUUCCAAGGGCGAUGGGAAGAAUACGACCCAUGGGAUAGCGGCGCCCGUCUUCGUGUAACUUCGGACCUCUACAACGGCGCCGGUUCGUGUAGCAUGUUUCGAAUGUUCCAAGGCUGGCUUUCGCUAUCCUCGAUCCCACCCGGCGGCGGCUCCCUACUCGCCUGCCCCAUGCUCCAACUCACAACCGCAUAUCUUCUCCUCCGCCCCUUCUUCUCUCCACGCCUAAAGUCAGGUCCAAACUUCCUCCACGAGGAUAACUGGAAGCUGCACGUGGCGCAGAACAGCGUUAUUCAGGGUGCCGUGCCAGGGAGCGGGAUUCAGGAGCUAAGCGAUGCUCUACACCCGCAUCUUAGACUGAAUAAGACGAUGGUGUCGAUUCCACACGUCGAGCCCGGCGACUACGUGCUGUGGCAUCCGGACGCUGUACAUGCGCCCGACGCUGUCCACGCCGGAGUAUCAGACUCCAGCGUGCUGUACGUCCCUGCGUGUCCAUUGACGCAGACCAACGCACUGUAUCUAGCUCGGCAGCGCAAGGCGUUUCUCCUCGGCGACCCGGCGCCCGACUUCGAGAGCGGCGGACGUCGCGGCGAGCGCGAGUACUUGGGCCGACCCGGGGUCCAGGACGUCAACGACGCGGGCGGAGAGGAGGGUCUCAGGUCCAUGGGCCUGUUGCCGUGGGACGAGAAGGCAGGAUGUGUGGAUAGAGCUGAGGCGGAGUUGUUGAGGCUAGCGAAUAGUAUAUUGUUCCCGGAUCGGUAUGAUAUGAUGGCGAGGAGGGGGGCUAAGAGACUUUGA